AUGCUUUUUAAUAGUAAAACUUUUUGUUAUUUAUUUAUUACAUUAUUUUACUCGCUAUGUGUUUAUGCAAGCAAUUACGGAUCAGAAGAUGCUAAAACUGAUCAGAAUAUAAUACAUGAUUCCAUUUUAGAUACCUUUACAUUAAUAAGGAGAUAUGGGUACCCGUGUGAAAUACAUAGGGUAUAUACCGAAGAUAAAUACGUUUUGGAAAUGCACAGGGUACCGUAUGGUAGAAACCAAAGUGAUAAGGUGGAACAGAGGCCAGUAGCAUUCCUCCAACAUGGGUUACUUUCAUCAUCGGCCGAAUGGGUGCUCAUGACACCAGGAAAAGGUCUCGCUUAUAUUCUGGCGGAUGCCGGAUAUGAUGUUUGGAUGGGGAACGCCAGAGGCAACACCUACUCCCGUAAUCACGUGUAUGUGAAGCCAACGCAGUCCGCCUUUUGGCAAUUUAGUUGGCACGAAAUUGGCUAUUACGAUUUGCCCGCCAUGAUUGAUUACUCCAUGAAGGAGACGGGCGUUAAAAAAGUUCAGUACAUCGGCUUCUCUCAAGGAACAACUGCGUUUUGGGUGAUGGCGUCCAUGAGGCCGGAGUACAAUGAAAAGGUCACUGCUAUGCACGCUCUUGCACCUAUCGCUUUUAUAAGAAAUAUAAGGAGUCCGCUUAUAAAGGCAGUAGCACCUUUCACAAAUUCAUUGGAACGAGUUAUGAAGUUAUUGGGUGCCAAUGAGUUUCUACCUAAUGGUAAAAUAAAUGAACUAGCUGGUGAACACCUAUGCGUCGAAGAGGCUGUUACGCAAGUACUGUGCAAAAAUCUACUCUUCCUUAUAUGUGGAUUUGAUAAUGAGCAAAUGAAUAAUACAAUGUUACCAGUAGUUCUUGGUCACACACCAGCCGGUGCAUCGACCAGGCAAAUAAUUCACUUCGGCCAGUUAUACAAUUCCGACGACUUUCUGCAAUUCGACUUUGGCCGCUUACACGCAAGGGCCUGGUCGCAUUUUUGUACGGAUAAAAGCGAUCACUUGGUGGAAAUAAUCAAGCGGAACAACGAAACCUGCCGACCGAAGUACGUGCCUACCGAUGUGAUAGUGAACACGCUGAUGGGAACUAAAAAUGCCGAAAUCACCCGCUUACGUCGGAAGAUUGAAGAGUUCGAACAGCUGCUGGCGGCGUACGACCAACUUGAUCUGACAUGCGAACAGAAAAUUGAGAUAGCCAACGCUCAUGCAGCUAUAAAAGCCGCCAAUAAAGAGUUAGACGAUAUGUGUUUGGAUUUGGAUCUCUCAGGUUAUACAGAGGGUAUCGAUUCCGAAGCCUUUGAGAUUUCUGAAGAUAAUGAGUUGGACUCAAAGAUGUUAUUUGAUCAAAUAGAAUCGCAGAAAGAAGAAAUAAAUAAACUUAAAAAUGCGUUAUUCUUUAAAGAAGAAGAAAAAGAACAACUUCAAGUUGGAUAUCAAGAAAAGAUUGUAAUUAUAAACAAUUUGCGAUUAGAAAUUGAGGAUUGGAGACGUACUUGUGAAAAACAAACCCAGCGUAGUAAUACUUUAGAAAUAUUAACAAAAGAAACCCAAGAGGAAUUAAAAAAGUUAAAUGAGGAAAACAAAAAUCUCAUUGACGAAGUUGAAACUAAAAAUAUUGCAAUCGAUAAUUUGAUGAAUGUUAGAGAAGUAGAGGAAAUGAAGAAAGAGAAAGAAUUCAACCUUAAACAAAUAAAAAAAUUAUCUGAUAAAUUACAUGAAUCGAAUGAAGCAAUAAAUAGUUUAACUCAAGAUAUAUCUGAACGAGAUGAAAGAAUUUCUAUUUUAGAAAAUCAAGUCAAUGAAUUGGGAAACGAAGUUCAAAGAUUACAAACGAGUUUAGGUUCCAUGAUCGAUUUAGGAGAAGAAAUGAAUUCCAGAAAUCACGAAAUCGAUCAAUCAUUAAAGCAAAUAGAGGCACACCAUUCUAAAGCAACCCAUGACAUGAGAAUAGAUCUAGCAAAAUUUAUUAAAGAAAAUGUUAAAUUGGAGGAAAAAUUAUCAUCAACAAAUGUAGAAGUUGGAAUGUUGACAGAGGAAAAGAAUGCAUACAAUUCCCAAGAAAUCAAUUUACAGGAUGAAAAGAAAAAAAUUGUAGCAAAUAUACAAGAAUUAGAAACAAGAUGCAUCGGUGAAAGUGCAUUAUCUCAAAAUAAUUGUGGUGUUCAAAGUCUCCAAAGCCUUCACGAGGAAACAUUACAGGAUAUACUUAAAGUUCAUGAAAAUGAAACAGACAAUUUAAGAAGUAUGAGUAUUGAGGCAAUGCGAAAAGUUGAUAAAUUAGAAAACGAGAAUAAAAUUUUAAAAUCUAAAAUACUUACAUCAAACUCUAGCUCUCUAGACGAGGCAUUGGACAUCAAAGAGCUUUCCUUUCUACAUUAUAAAGUAUGCAGAACCUGGAAAACUAUCCUUCGGAAAGAAGAAACACUUCACAAGCGAAUUGAUUCUUUAGAAACCGAAUUGUUAAACAAACAAAAGCAGACGCAAAGACAUAUUGCCGAGUUAGAUCGGAAAGUGGCGGAAGAGAGGCAGCGCUUGCAGGAAGUGCGCGAAGCGGUGUGUCGUGACUCGCUGACCGAAUCCCGAGCUAAUAGUUCCCACCCGCGGAAAGCCACGCCUAGCCUCGAACACAGCAUCCCUGAGCAGGACUUAACUAUGGCACGAAACCGCGUUGCGCAUCGAAAAUCGGAAGCUAAAGAAACUCUCCCGAGCGGUGACCUUCCACCAGACCUACCCUGUACAGAGUUAUGUUGUCGCUGCGCUACGAUGACACGUGACAGACGGAAUGUUUUGCCAAAAAUGGACGUCGAGGAGCGCCGUGAUAGAAAGCAGUAUUGUGACGAGCGACCAACGCGUCUCCGCCGUUCUAAUGAUCGUCAAAACUCCAGAUCUCAAAAAAAA